UGAAGAGACGUUUACGUCAAGUACUGCGUGGAAUUUCUAGCAAAAUGACUGAUUUUAUAGACUGGGAAUCUUUGCCUUAUUCCCGUGCAGGAGAUUUAAAACACCGGAAUCCAUACGAAAUGAAGAAAGGGAGAUUAGCUCCCAUUUGGACAACAGGGCAUGAAACAUGGGAGCAUUCCAAAAAUGAAAUCGUUGGUAUCAUCAACAAUGGUUUCCAUUAUAGAGGAACACUUCAUAAAGAUACAUAUUUCAAAGUGAUCAAAGCUGACAUGAUGAGCCAUCUGCUGUUAAACAAUUGGGAAGACGAUCAUUUUCGCAUCCUGAGUGAUUUCUGUGGCCACACAGAAGUUGCUAUAAAGAUUGUAAACAAGAGGCUUGCACCCACAGAGUACUGGGCUGAUGUGCUACCCAGAGAACUACAAGGACAUCAAGUUCUGUCUACCAGCAGCAGUUUUUUACAGUUUUAUAAGACAUUUGGCAACAAGGACUACCUUUACAUAGUGACAGAAUUCUGUGAUGGUGGUAGUUUGAAUAAACUGGUGCCAAAUGUGGAUAAUGUGAAAAAAACAAAUUUGUCCAAAUUAGGCCUAGAUGAACCAAAGGCAAAGUCUAUUUUUUCGCAAGUCUGCACUGCUGUUAAUACUCUGCACAUCAGUGGGAUAAUCCACAGAAAUAUAACAAUGGGAAAUAUUCUACUUGAUUCAUUUGAAGAAAUUAGAGUCAAAG